GAAAAUUUAGGGGAGACUUAUGUAAUUAUGCCAUAAUCUUGUGGAGGUAAAAGAAAAAUGAUCUUGAUCUCACUUGGCUUAGCAGGGUUUUACUUAACAUUUCCUCUCCACUGAACCAGGUGCAGUACUAAUCGCAGACAUGGAAACAGAAGGAGAGCAACUCUGCGAAGCUGCAAGAAACGGCGACGUCGCCAAAGCGAAAGCUCUGAUAGAGUCAGGAGCCGACGUCUCCUUCUUCGACAGCGAUGGACUCACGCCGCUCAUGCACGCCGCCAAGCUCGGCCAUACCGAUUUAAUCAAAGCUCUCCUUGAGGCUGGCGCACCGUGGAACGCUCUUUCUCCUUCUAACCAAUCCGCUGGUGACUUUGCCAUGGACUCCGGUCACCAGGAAGCCUAUGAAGCCCUUCUCAAUGCUGGAAUUCAGGCUGAAUUGAUUUUGGGAUCCAUUGCAAGGAAAACAAAAAAGAAUGGUGAUUUUGAAGGGGAUUACUUGGAAGAUAGGGUUACUUUUAGCGAGGAUAAGUUGAUGGACUCUGAUAGCAAGGCUGUGAUGAUGGCUUGGGAGAAACCAUUGAUGGAAGCUCAUGCUAAAGCUGUUUGCUCUGGAGGUGGUAACGUUCUAAAUGUUGGAUUUGGAAUGGGUCUUGUGGAUACUGCUAUUCAACAGGAUGGUCCAGCCACGCACACAAUCAUUGAGGCUCAUCCGGAGGUCUAUGCACGCAUGCUUCGCACUGGUUGGGACAAGAAGGAUAAUGUGAAAAUAAUAUUUGGGCGUUGGCAAGAUGUUCUUUCACAACUUGAAUCUUAUGAUGGUAUUUUCUUCGACACCUAUGGAGAAUAUUACGAAGACCUGAGAGAGUUUCAUCAACAUCUUCCUAAGUUAUUGAAGCCUGGAGGAAUCUACUCGUUUUUUAAUGGCCUUUGUGGAGGUAAUGCAUUCUUCCAUGUUGUUUACUGCCAGUUAGUUUCACUAGAACUGGAGAAUCUGGGGUACUCGACGCAAUUAAUCCCCUUGCCUGUGAAGGAUUGCUUGGGAGAAGAAAUUUGGCGUGGUGUGAGUCAGAAAUAUUGGCAACUUGAUACGUAUUAUCUCCCUGUUUGUCAGUCUAUAGAGGAAUCUGAAUGAUGAUUUCAUAUGUCCAAUAUGUGAAUUAUUUUGCUCCCUUAAAUUUGGAUUUAUCUCAAAACACUUCAAUAUCA